CGGUGGCUCCAAAGUGACGGGUGCCCGCUCCCCCGCUGCCCUCAUCCCUUCUCUCGCGCACACAGCCUGCCGGGCCGUGUUCUCGCGCGCGCUCUCCCCAGCAUCCCCGCCCGGGCAGGGGAGCACCGGACAGAGCCGCGCCGCUCGCGGUCCAUGCCUCCCUCCUGAGGAGCGGCGCGAGGGGGAGGGGAGGGCCGAGGAGGAAGAGGAGGAGGAGGAGACCGAGAGGGCGCCCGGGAGGGAGGGCGCGCGCACACACCGAGGGACGCGCGGAGGGUGCGAGCCGCGCAGCGAGCGCAGAGCUGCCUCCGGCCGCCGGGCGCCCCCCUGCCGCCCCAUGCUGUGCUCCAUGGCGAACUCGGGCUGCCUCCUGCUGUCCAACUCCGGCAGCAUGCUCCCGCACUCCGUGCCCUGCCCGCCCGCCUUCCUCUACCUCCAACAGGGCAAUCAGGACGCCACGGCUCCGCCUGAAGCGAUGGCCCAGCCCUACCCCCCUGCCCAGUACCCCCCUCCGCCACAGAACGGCAUCCCUGCCGAGUACGCACCACCCCCUCCGCAUCCCACGCAGGACUACUCAGGCCAGACCCCGGUCCCCCCGGAGCACGGCCUGACCCUGUACACACCAGCACAGACCCACCCCGAGCAGCCAGGCACCGAGGCCAGCACACAGCCCAUCGCCGGUGCCCAGACAGUGCCGCAGACAGACGAAGCGGCACAGACGGACAGCCAGCCACUGCACCCCUCCGACCCCACAGAGAAGCAGCAGCCCAAGCGGCUACACGUCUCCAACAUCCCCUUCCGGUUCAGGGACCCCGACCUGCGGCAAAUGUUCGGGCAAUUCGGAAAAAUUUUAGACGUGGAGAUCAUUUUUAACGAGCGGGGCUCCAAGGGUUUUGGGUUUGUAACUUUUGAAACUAGCUCAGAUGCUGACCGAGCCCGGGAGAAGCUGAAUGGGACGAUCGUAGAGGGACGGAAAAUUGAGGUCAAUAAUGCCACAGCCCGUGUCAUGACCAACAAGAAGACUGCGAACCCCUACACUAACGGCUGGAAGCUAAAUCCCGUGGUAGGCGCAGUCUACGGGCCUGAAUUCUAUGCAGUGACGGGGUUCCCCUACCCCACCACGGGCACAGCCGUUGCCUACAGGGGCGCGCACCUACGGGGUCGGGGCCGGGCCGUGUAUAAUACGUUUCGGGCUGCGCCGCCCCCGCCCCCCAUCCCAACUUACGGAGCGGUCGUGUAUCAGGAUGGCUUUUAUGGUGCUGAGAUUUAUGGGGGCUAUGCAGCCUACAGAUACGCUCAGCCUGCGGCAGCCGCGGCAGCCUACAGCGACAGUUACGGCAGAGUCUAUGCAGCUGCUGACCCCUACCACCACACCAUCGGCCCUGCAGCGACCUACAGCAUCGGAACCAUGUGAAAGCUUCCACCGUUUCCUUCUUGGACCAUGAAGGGCAAAAACAAAAAACAAAACAAAAAAAAAAUCACAAAACAAAAAA